UAAUUAUUGUUGCUGUCAAAAUACGCACAUAGUUUCGAAAAAAUAACACUAUAUAUGCCGGCAAUUGUUGUGAUAUAUGCUGGAUAUGAUUUCGUCGUAUUAAGAACGAAUUGUAGUGAUUGGGUUUCUCAAUUUAGCAUAAAAAUUUAGUGUUUUUGAAUUAAGGAGCGAGAAGACGAACAAUGGCAAAACGUUUUCAACCAUUAAAGGAGUUUGGCCGUACUACUAAGAAGGCUAAGCUAGAUAUAAGUAUUAACAAGCGGCGUCCAAGUUCCAAUGCUAUGUCCAAUAAUUUAGUUUCAAAUGGCAUAAAUAAUCAGGUUGGAUACUCAUUGGUAAAUAAGGUAAGCGUCCAAAGCUUGUGGGACGAUGACGACGACGCUAUACUUCUUGCAACGCAAGUGGCAGAAACACAAGCGGCUGUUGUAAAACCGGCACCCAUAAAUGAUAUUACUGAUAGUGAAAUAACCUUUUCUGAUUUUGCUGGAAAUUUAUGCCGCACCACAAGUACGCAACAAUUCAAUCAAAAUGACGAUUUAUCGAAGAUGUUUGACGAUGAAGAUGACUUUGAUAUAUUAGCUUCUGCAGCAUCUGCGGAUAAACCAUCUAGCAACACAGUAGUAAAAAAUAUGCACUUAGACGCUGAAAUAAACCCAUUCAAGAAACCAUGUGCACCCGCCAUUAACCCAAAAAAAAUUUAUAUGUCUAAACUAACUUUAGCCGCUCACGACGUUUCUAUGAAGCCUUCGUGCACACAAUCAGCAAGUAAUGUGUCCACCUCCUCAGAUAGCGCUGCGCGCCGUCAGUUGGCUUCAGAAAAACAAAUAAAAUUUCUUAAAGACCAUGUAGAAAAUUUAAAGAAAGAAAACACUAAUUUAAAUAAGGAAAUUUUGGAUAAUAAAGUUACAAUUGAAAGUAAGAACGGUGAGAUAAGCAUUUUGAGAGAUGAAGUUCGUCAAAUUAAAAAACAAACACAAGUCUUAAAAAUGGAAAAGUUAGCCAAUGCGGAGGCUGCCAAAAAUGAGUGUAAAACACGAAUGACGGAGUUAUCGAAACAAGUACAAGCCAUAGAAUCAGAGCUUCAGCUAAAGUCAGUUGAAAUUUCGAAUUUAAAAAUGCGGCAUGCCGAUGAAACUAAACGAUUAGAAAUAAGCAUGCGUGAUGACUCGUUCUUUGGUGGUGUGAAUAUGGGAAUUGCGCCGGAACCUUCGGUAGAUAAUAUGCCAGAUAAAUGUAACAUGAUGCGUCUUACUAACUGGGCAGGGUUUGGUGCUCUUCAAUAUGUAAAAAAUGAGUAUAAUACAUUAAAUAUAGAAGAGAUAUUCUAUAAAGAUUCAGAAAAACGUAAUGCCAACAAGAAGCAACGCAUUGUUUUUGAAGAUGAAUUUAAAGAAUUACAAAUAAUUAUAGCUCAACUGCAUCUCAAUGAGAAUUGGCAUCUUGAUACCAGCGGUCACAUAGAAUCUGUCAUCAAUAAGAUAUUGGUUUCAAUAAGUAAAGUAUUUACUGAAUUUUGGACUUAUGUACAUAAUUUAGAAUUCGGCAGAAUGGGGCGCGUACACUCUUAUCAUAAUAGUAAUAUACUCAACGAUUUUAAUGACAGUAGCACUCAUAUUAGUUUACAACAACCUCAAGCUCUGUAUCGUGGUGAACGUGUCAUUAGCCUGCGAAGAUAUCUAGCAGCAUUAGCAGUUUUGUGCCAAAAAAUACCGAAAUUAUGCAAACUACUUUUAGAGCGUCAAGAAGGAAAUUAUGUCCUAAUGCAAAUCGUUUCAGAGGCUAUACAAAAAUUGAGCUUCUCACGUGAAGUAGCUGAGCAUUUUGGAGUAAUUGAAGCAUUUACCACAUUGCUGCAUGCAUUGCUCGGUAAUAUGCCAGUAGACAAAGACCAAGAGCAUAAUGUAGAUCUAAUAAUAGAAGUUUUGAAGCAAAUAAUAUUUGUUCGCCCCAAUUUAUAUGUAUUCCGUGAAGUCUCAUAUUGCAUGUUAGAAUGUGUGCGUCUACCAUAUGCAAUGACGAUGUUAUGUAAAAAUAGUCCAACAGAUACUUUUACUGCUGAUCGUGUCGCAUUCACUUAUCGUUUCUCAAGUGAUUCGUGUUUACUGCAAGUUUAUGCAGGUCUUUUAGAAAUCGUUUUUCCUAUGAGCGCAGCUGUUAGUGCAACCCAUUUUAAAGUAUUGGCUGUGAUAUGUGCUAACCAUAUGCGCUUUCUAUUUCAUUGCUUUGCUAAUCCACCACAAUUUAUACAUAAUAUCCUACCACCCUACGACGAUGAGGAUGUGGAUAGUGGCAAAACGGAUAUCACUGAAUUCACAUCUGAUAGCAGAGGAAAAAACAAUAAAGAAAAUGCUUCGAUGGCGAAAAAUUCUAAAUUAGUGGCGGAGUUAGAAAAACGUGAUGCGAUUAGUUGUAAAUGUUAUGUAAAAUUGUGUUUAAGCGGAGUGACACUGGUUUUUCAAAUGCUACGUCAGUGGUUAUUUUCAGCCAAGCAAUCAGAAACGCCAAUUGUUGCCGAUACUUCAAAAGUUGCUGUACGUUUACUUUAUGUUAUUUUCUGUGAAAAUUAUUUGGUAAGACUCUUUCGAGAUUCUGAAGUAACAACGCGUCAUCAUUUAAAGCUCAUUUGCAAAUGGUGGUCCGAAAAUGAGCAUGUGUUAAGACUAAACGAAGAUGAAAAACAUUUUUUAACAAAACUGCAGAAUAACCAUGUUAUGCCGAAAGGUAUUUCCGAUGAAAAGAACUUAUCAAAUAUUUCGGCGGAUUUAGCGGAAUGGAAUCGCCUUACCAAUGAUACCGAAAGCUGUGAUGAUAGCCUUAUUGUUGAUGUUACAAAGAACAUUAAAAAUUUAAAUCUUUUAGAAGAGGUCACUAAUGUGGAUAGCUUUUUUUCAGGUUUAAAAGGCUAUGCAUACAAUUUUGAAUAAUUCCAAUGGAAUAAAAUUUGCUUUUA